AAGUUAGGAACAACUACAGGAGCCCUCUGGAGUGCUUGUGUAGUUUAUGUUUGUCUUUCUUUUGUACUAGUGUGCUAAAUAAAGCUGAACUCAUAAUUGUUUCUGGUUCAUAAUGUAAUAGCACAGACUAAAUGAGAAAGAGCUGGAACUUCCCUUGAAUGAUUGUUUAGAGCCCUACUCAUCUCUCUUUGUCGAAUGAUGUAGACCAAAAUUUAGUCUUCGAAAAAUGGAUGGGCAAGCAUGCCGGAGAUCUAAUAUAAUUAGAUAAAGAUAGGCUGAGAACAUGCAAUGCUUUCAGUCAUUUAUGCAUUAUUAUAUGCCCAAGUAAUUGGCCUUUGAUAACUAGGUUUAGAUGCAUUCAAAUUUUGCACUUAGCAAGCAGAUUCUGAAAUGUGUGAGGUUCUUACCAGUGUUACAUGGUUAAAGUUCUUGGCCAUCGUUGCUUAGUUGCGAAUGUUUGUAGUGGACAAGAAUGUAAGUUAAACCAACAGUCAAAGAGAAGUUGAAGGAACCAUCAAUUCAAAAAAAGUAAAAAUGUGUCAGAAAAUUCAUGAUUCUAUGAAACGAUUUAGAUAAUAAAUCCUGUUUGAAAAUUCUUUUAUAUUGGUAGCACGAAAGGAAGAUGGGAGACCUCAAAACUUCCACUUUUUAAUUUUUUUUCUUGUGUGGUUUCUUGAUUAUGUAAGGAAUUGUUUGGUAGAAACUUUCUUCUAUGUUGAUUUAUUUGUCAUGUUACUAAGUGUAAAGGCAUCAAGUAUUCUCUCUCUCUCUCUCUAUCUCGAGUAUGAUUCAAGUGUUGUUAUAAUCUUGUUUUUCAGUUGGUCUAUAAAUUAAAACAUUAAAAUCAUCAAUUUAUUUGACCACUUACAUUCUGUUUACUAUUGUCUUUUAGGAAUGGAAAACACAUACUGCCUGAUUCUUUCGUUUAUCUUCUGAUUCCAGGGCUUUUUAGCAAUCAUGGUCCCUUAUAUUUUGUGAGCAUCAAAAGGUUUUUCUCGAAGAUGGGUCUGGCUUGUCAUAUUGCUAAAAUCCACAGUGAGGCAUCAGUCGAACGGAAUGCAUGGGAACUGAAGCAGUAUAUAGAGGAGCUAUACUGGGGUUCAGGAAAACGCAUAAUGCUGCUUGGUCAUAGCAAAGGCGGUGUUGAUGCUGCAGCUGCUUUGUCAAUUUAUUCGCACGAAUUAAAGGAUAAGGUUGGAGGAUUGGCAUUGGUGCAGAGUCCUUAUGGUGGUACGCCUGUAGCAUCUGAUAUUCUCCGCGAAGGCCAAGUGGCUGACAAGGAAACCCGUAAAAUCAUGGAGUUUCUAAUAUGCAAACUGAUUAAGGUAACAUUUUCCUUUUCCCAUGAUCAAAACUCAUAAUAUUGGCUGAUCCAUUAAAGAAGAUGGGAAAUUAUACAGCAUAAUGUGGUGGUUAGCUUACACCUACUGCGACCUUCCAACUUUAGUCAAACUUGAAACUAGCUAUUGAGGGGGAAAAUGUGGUCUGAGUCAUUUAGUUAACCUACAAUUUUGAAUGAAAAAAAUAAUUACUUAAGCCCCUAUUUGAUUGCCAUUAUUGAGAAGAAAUG